AUGUCGUCUCUUUCACCCGUACACCUCACGGGUAUCUCAAACAACGUCUCACAAAAUUUCGAAACUCAAAACUGUGUUCCUUCUCAGCAAGAAUUCAAUGAAACUUCUCCUGGUCUUGUCUCCAAAC